CAGCCAGCUUCCGGCGCAGGUACGGGUCGGCGCACGUGGCGGCUGUCCGGUUGAUUUUGCGGAGCCAUGGAGGGUAGCUUCGGCUCGGAUUUCGGGAGCUCCGGGGGCGGGAAACUGGACCCGGGGCUCAUCAUGGAGCAGGUGAAGGUGCAGAUUGCCGUGGCCAACGCGCAGGAGCUGCUGCAGAGGAUGACGGACAAGUGCUUCCGGAAGUGCAUCGGGAAGCCGGGGGGCUCCCUGGACAACUCUGAGCAGAAGUGCAUCGCCAUGUGCAUGGACCGCUACAUGGACGCUUGGAACACUGUGUCCCGCGCCUACAACUCGCGGCUGCAGCGGGAGCGAGCCAACAUGUGACCGGGACCCCGCCUGGAGGCGCCCCAGACCUCGGUGUCCGUUUCCGUAAACGUUCUUUGAGACUGACAGCAGGAAGCAGAGACUGCCCCGUUGAUGGGCAUGGGACCUCUCCGUGCCUGCCGCAAGUGUCGCUUGUGUGUUGGGGACCCCUGUGCCUUCGCAAAGUGCUGGCAGCCCAGGGGCAGGCGGUGGUCCCUCCCUGGUGUGCCCCCCUAGGGUCAGCCUCAUGCCCCCAGGCAGGGGGUCCUUGUUCGGACCUUGGCGGGGGGCGGACUGAGCCCAGCUGAGCUGGGACCUCUUGAGGCAGUGAAAUAAAUCGCUGAGAGGGGC